AUGGCGUCUCUUUUCCAGCGUGCAAAGGCGGCAGUCAAGCUCCCCAUUGAGGAGGAGGAUGCAGAGAGAUCUCGGUGGAUCAAUGAAGAUCUCCUUCCCACGCCGCCAGAACAACAAACCUGGCGCUGGUGGAACUAUGUCACCUUUUACUGGUCCAUAUCAUUCACAAACUGGACUCUGGGAUCCUCGAUGAUCGGUGUUGGCCUCAAUUGGUGGCAGGCUAUCAUUGUGAUCUUCGUGUCUCAAUUCAUCUCGUCCAUUGCUAUGGCUUUCAAUUCUCGAUCAGCAGCGGUAUACCAUAUUGGAUUUCCCUGCGUUGGCCGAAGUGUCUUUGGCAUGUGGGGGAGCUAUUACUUUGUCGGUGCUCGAGCGAUUUUGGCCAUCAUUUGGUAUGCCGUGCAAAUGUACUCCGGCGCCGAAUACAUGUACAAUAUCCUUCGAGCUAUUUUCGGACACAACUUCACCGAUAUCCCCAAUCACUUGCCUGAAAGCGCCAGCAUCACCACCCCGCUAAUGCUAGCCUUUUUCCUCGCCUGGCUGGUUCAUCUGCCAUUCUGCUAUUUCCGGCCCUAUCAACUGCGCAAAUUUUUCUGGUUCAAGACUAUCGUUUCGCUACCGGCAAUGUUCGGCUUAUUCAUUUGGGCUAUGGCAAAUACGAAGGGUCGUCUGAGUGGAGGACUUUAUUCUGCAACUUCUACAAGUUCCAGCACCGUGGCAUGGAUGAUUUUGGCCGGAAUCAACAGUGGCAUGGGAAACACCGCUACACUGAUUACCAACCAGCCGGAUUAUGCAAGAUGGUCUCGCAGUAGGGGUGCUCCUGUUUGGACUCAAUUGUUUUCAAACCCUAUUGCGGUGACACUCUCUGCCAGUCUUGGUAUUUUGUCCACCGCAGCUGUCAACCUGAAAUUCGGUACCAGCAUCUGGAACCAAUGGGAUAUGAUGAAUCUCAUCUUGGACAACUACUGGACAUCCAGUGUCAGAUUCGCUGUCUUUCUCUGCGCAUUCGCCUGGCUAGUCCAGAUUGUCGGAGUCAACAUCGCAGCAAACAUGAUUGCCUUUGGUGCCGACUCAUCCAUGUUAUUUCCGUCAUACAUCAAUAUGCGUCGAGGUCAAUUCAUUAUCGAAAUCCUUGCUUGGGCUGUUUGUCCAUGGAAGAUCCUUGCAUCGGCAGCCAAGUUUACAACUUUCCUCAGUGGAUACGGCUUGUUUAUGGCCAGUGUUGUGGCAAUUAUGGUGUGCGACUAUUUCCUCCUCACCAAAGGAAAUGUGUUCAUACCUUCACUUUACAACGGAACCCCGGCCAACAAGAACUAUUACUAUACCGGAGGCGUCAACAUCCAAGCUGUGAUCGCUUAUCUCAUUGGAAUCGCACUUCCUUUCCCUGGCUUCUGCGGCGAGCUAGGAGCAAAUGUUUCCACCGCGGCAAUGCACAUCGUCGAUCUUGGCUGGAUCUUGUCCUUUGUCACGGCCUUUAUCUCGUACUAUCUCAUCUGUCAGAUUUGGCCUACUGCCAAUAUGCGUUACGUGAAAGAGCAUGGCUACGGGUUCGAGCAGACCGCAUCGGAGAUGUUGAUCGACUCCGGCGAAUGGGGUGUACAGAACGAUAACGUGGUACGAGAUGAUAUUUAUGUGGAUAAGCAUAUGUCAUAG